GUCAGUCAGCAAUGGCUGCAGCAGAAAUUCCCAGUUACAUUGUCUCUUCUCAGACUGAGAAACACAGGAGGGCCAGAAACUGGACUGAUGCAGAAAUGAGAGGUUUAAUGCUGGUUUGGGAAGAAUUUUUUGAUGAGCUGAAACAAACUAAAAGGAAUGCCAAAGUUUAUGAGAAAAUGGCUAACAAACUCUUUGAAAUGACUGGAGAAAUUCGCCACGGAGAGGAAAUAAAGAUAAAAAUUACAAAUAUGACAUUCCAGUACAGGAAAUUAAAAUGCAUGACUGACAGUGAAACUGUGGCACCUGACUGGCCUUACUACAAAACCAUUGAUAGGAUCUUAUCCAAAGUGACAGACCACAGCGAUGUGAAAAUGCAUGAAAAUCAGCAACCAGGUCCUUCUACAUCACAGACAGAGGCCUCACAGUCUCUAUCAGCUAAGUCUACACCUCUGUAUUUGCCAUAUAACCAGUUUACAUAUGAAGGAAGGGAAGAAUGCUUUGAAGAUGAACAUUCAGAGAGCUCAUCAAGCUUGCUUUCUUACAAGCUAAGAGCUGAAGAAAGACCAGUUAAGAAAAGAAAAAUGCAAAACUGCAGUUUCCAAAAGAAGAAGCUAAAAUUAAUGGAAGCCAUGUUGGAAGAACAAAAGAAGUUGAGUAGAGCUAUGGAAGAAACCUGUAGAGAAGUACGCAGGAUCCUGGAUCAGCAGAACAUCAUUCAAGUUCAAAGCUUACAGUUACAGGAGAGAAUGAUGAAUCUACUGGAGAAAAUGAUCUCCAAGUCUAAUGUGUAG